AUGGCGGACGAUAUGGCGAGCCGUUACCAGGUGAUGGAGGAGUUGGGAAGCGGAAGUUUUGGCACGGUUUACAAAGCAAUUGACAAAACUACCGGCGAGAUUGUCGCGGUAAAGCAUAUCGAUCUCGAGUCAAGUGAAGAUGAUAUACAAGAGAUUCAGCAGGAAAUCUCUGUUUUGGCCACUUGCGCUAGUGCAUUUGUUACGCAAUACAAAGCGAGCUUCUUGAAAGGCCACAAGCUCUGGAUUGUCAUGGAAUAUCUGGGGGGAGGAUCCUGUCUUGAUCUUUUGAAACCAGGGGUCUUCAACGAAGCGCAUGUUGCGAUUGUCUGCCAACAAUUGUUACAAGGCCUGGAAUACCUGCACGCCGAAGGAAAAAUUCACCGUGAUGUCAAAGCCGCGAACGUUCUGCUCUCAAAUACCGGCAAGGUCAAGCUAGCCGACUUUGGCGUCGCAGCGCAAUUGGUCAACAUCAAGUCUCAGCGCAAUACAUUCGUGGGAACUCCAUUCUGGAUGGCGCCGGAGGUAAUUCAGCAGGCUGGCUACGAUUUCAAGGCCGAUAUUUGGUCUUUGGGUAUUACCGCAAUCGAGAUGAUCAAUGGCGAGCCCCCCCAUGCCAGCACACACCCGAUGAAGGUUCUCUUCCUUAUCCCCAAGCAGCCUGCGCCGCGGCUGGAGGGCAAUGACUACAGCAACACCUUCAAGGACUUUAUUGCCCAAUGUCUGACUAAGGAUCCGGAUCGCCGGCCUAGUGCGAAGGAGCUUCUACGGCAUAAAUUCAUUCGCAAUGCAGGCAAGACAGAGGCACUACAGGAGCUGGUUCAGCGUAAGCAGGACUGGGACGCUGGUCGCGGAGUGUCCAAGGAUGUGAAGUACUAUGCAGAGUCUCUUAACACUAUUACAAAGCCUAUCUCAUCAGGUGACGACGAUGAGGAUUGGGUCUUUGAUACUGUCAAAGCUCCAACUAUGUGGGUGCCUAAGGGGAAGGACUGGUCCACCCUCGACGAGGAAGAAGACGAUGCCGAUCCGGCCGAGCUACUGAAGGAUAUGCAAAUUUCUCAACCGCCACCUCCACCAAAGCACCAGGCCAAUUCGACUGUGCGACGCACUCCCAAUGUCGAUCGAUCGCCAUCCAUUCGACGGGCCAAUACCAAGAGGCGAUCCAGCGGGGUCAAGCAACCAUUGGGGUUAGACCUAAGCUUUGGUAACAGUCCAUCAACUGUUCGACAAUUUCGUCGAGUCUCGGACAAGGUUCCCCAUGAGCCUACGCAUCCGAAGGUUCCCCCUGGCUUUGACGAGAACACCAGCCCGAAAACGAUGUCAUCUGAGCUUGCAAGCAAAGAAGCCCAAAUUGGACGGCGUGCAUACAGCAAAGCUGUCGGUCUCUCCUGCCAGGAGGUUCUUGCCACCACUGGAGACGGUGAGAAGCGUGAGGCUAUUUCUCGGCUGGCCGAGGCUUGGAGUGAUCUGGAAAUGGUCGAUCCUGAGGGUCUCUAUCAUAUCAUCCGAACAAUGAAUGAGCGCCUUCAAGCAGAUCCUCGCCUUGCUGUUUUAGUCCCUGCGGCGCCUGUUCAGCCUGAUUCCCCGUCUCGCCCCCGCCUUGUAUUGGCACAGAACAACCCGCACCUGAAGAGCCACCGCCGCCGGCAGUCGACGCAUGUGGUUGACCCCCAAUCCCAAUCUCCACCUCUUUUCAACCUACCCGGCCAAAACACUCCCGGGAUGGAACACACCAAACAACUAUCUGAUGUACUCUACCAACGCUGGGCUGAGGGGCUUCGCAAUCGCUGGGGAAUCUAG